GCACGGUCAGCGGAUGUCGGCCUCCGCCCCCUAGAGGAGGCGUAGCGACGAGGAGGAGGCCUGCAAAAGUUGGAAAGGCUGGCUGGUCUAUCUUGCCGAGGAACUUCUGGAGCUUAGGAGGUUUUGAUUCUUACUCUAAGAGAAGGUCUCUAGGUCACCAUGGCAACUGGACAGAAGUUGAUGAGGGCUGUUCGAGUGUUUGAGUUUGGUGGACCUGAAGUGCUGAAACUCCAGUCCAACGUGGCAGUUCCUGUUCCCAAAGACCAUCAGGUUCUAAUCAAAGUCCAUGCCUGUGGUAUCAACCCUGUAGAGACCUACAUUCGCUCUGGCACCUACAGCCGAAUACCCGCGUUGCCCUACACUCCAGGCACCGAUGUGGCCGGGGUCAUCGAGUCUGUUGGAGACAGUGUAUCUGCUUUCAAGAAAGGGGACCGGGUCUUCUGCUCCAGCACAGUUUCUGGCGGUUAUGCAGAGUUCGCUCUGGCAGCGGAUCACACUGUCUACACCCUGCCCGAGACGCUGGACUUCAAGCAGGGCGCUGCACUUGCGAUCCCGUACUUUACAGCCUGCAGGGCUCUGUUCCACAGUGCCCGUGUGCGAGCUGGGGAAAGCGUCCUGGUUCACGGGGCCAGCGGAGGAGUUGGAUUGGCUACAUGCCAGGUUGCCAGAGCGCAUGGCUUAAAGGUUUUGGGCACUGCUGGUUCUGAGGAAGGAAAAAAGCUUGUUCUGCAAAAUGGCGCUCAUGAAGUGUUUGAUCACAAAGAAGUUAAUUAUAUUGAUAAAAUCAAGAAAGCUGUUGGUGAUGAGGGGGUUGAUGUGGUUAUUGAGAUGCUGGCGAAUGUGAACCUGAGUAACGACUUGAAGCUCCUGUCCCGUGGAGGGCGGAUAAUCGUUGUUGGCUGUCGAGGCACUAUUGAGAUAAACCCAAGGGACACCAUGGCAAAGGAGACAAGCAUAAUUGGAGUUUCUCUCUUUUCAUCCACCAAGGAGGAACUUCAGCAGUUUGCAGGCAUCGUCCAAACAGGAAUAGAAAAUGGUUGGGUGAAACCCGUGAUAGGUUCUGAGUACCCUUUGGAGAAAGUGGUCCAGGCCCAUGAAGACAUCAUCCAUAGCAGUGGGAAGACCGGGAAAAUGAUUCUUCUCUUAUGAUGACCAACUCUUUCUGGGAUGCCCUGUGCCACUGUGACACCUUCGCCCCCAAGUCUUUCUGAUACCAUCUUUAAUCAGUAUUCAUUUCAUUGAGUUUCAUGUAUUAAAAACACUAAUUUAGGGAGUAGACAGUGGAGUAACGCCGUAGCAGACAGCAGUGUGUAGUCUUGCGUGGUGUUAGCAUGCAAAACUGUUUUUGCUUCUCUCUUUGUUUUCUUUGUUUGGUUUAGUGUUUCUAUUUUAUUUCAUUUUGAGACAGAAUCUUGCUCUGCAGUUCAUGCUGGCAUUGAACUCAUGGUAAUCCUUCUGUCUCAACUUUCCCAGUGCCGGGAUAAUAGUCCUGGACUACCACACAACUUCACUUCAGAACUUCUUAAUUCCGUAACUUCAUGCCUUUGCCUAAAAUGUACCAAUUCAAAAUAAGACUAUUGAUCUGCUUGGGCUUCCAAGCCUACCUACCUUUAUUAAGAGUCACCGGUCCUCUGAUCGGCUGUGACUGUCUUGGACUUUGCAGGCUUUCUGGGCUGAAAAACAUACUUCUAAAACUAACAUCCUCUCAGCCUCUGGGAAGGGCGAACAUGAGUAACGGCUGGGGAAGCUGUCAGUCUCUUUUCCUCACAUUCCCGAAAAUGCUGACAACUUCACUGAGCGCUGGUCAGCAGCCAUGUUCCGGGAGGUCAGCAACCUUAUCUAGGUCUGUGGUGUUCAGUGUGGUCCUCCAUUAAAUGCCUCAUGGUUCUUUAGGGCUUCCUGAGCAUGUGACACGAGUCACAUAAUUUGACAUAAUUUCAUCUAAGAUUGUAAGUUCACACAUUUCGCACAUGGGCAAGGUCUGCUUUAGUUCUCAUGGUUUUGUAACCUGGAAUAAAUUCUGUAGAACACUGAA